GUUGGUCAGGCGCGUGAGGGACUUGGUUGAUCUCCGAAAUCCGUGAGUUUGUCCAUCAAAUUCAGUGAAAAAUUCCACGAUAAGCCCACGACGAUGAGGAACCCACGAUAUUUGAUAACCUGGGUGUUGAUUUUCUUCACGAGUGCACCAAUUCUGUCAAUCCUCGGUGGAGAUGCUGUGCCUGUGUUAAUCUGGGGUGGUGAUACCUCGGAAUCAGGUCCAAGCCCAGUCAAUCCACUCGGGAAAACUUCACAGGCAGAUUUUGAGAAGAUUGUGUCGAAGAAGGUGGAUGGAUCCCAGCCACCUCUCCUCGUCUUCAUGAGGGAUAAUUUAUGUGUCGAGGACUUUGUCCAGCACCGAAAGGAUUUGGUGCAGCUGAAGAACGUGGGCUCCCUGCAGUAUUUUCCAGCAGUGGAUUCCCCAUUGUCGGUCUUCGAGACUCUCUCGAUGUACAAUCAAUCUGUCGAGGAGUUCGAUACUGUUCUUGAGGGGCAACUCAUCUUCACGAAGGCCACUGAUCUCGAUGCAAUCGCUGGGACAUUCAAUAUGAUAAAAGAGUCGAGUCCCAAUCUCAUCGGGGUCCUCACUGGUGGAUCCUGCAGUUACAGUCGUUCGGAGCGUGUCAGGAGGGCUGUCGAGGUCAAGGCUGACAAUACAACCGAAUUCCUCAUCGCUAGGAAUGAGUCCAGGCUGCUUGCUUAUGCUGAUCGAGCAACUUUCCGAAAUGGAGCUGACGGGAAAAUAAUAACUCUGGGUCGUCCAACAACAGUGGAAACAACAGGCAACACCUCCCUGGGUGAGCCAAUUCGUGUGAACGCUAUGUUCCAAGACGAAGAAUCAGUGAAAACUAAUCUCAUAUUCGAAAUGAUUCGUUCGACCUCCGGUUAUUGGUCGAUGAAAAAAAUCGAGAUGCUGAAUGAGAACAAGUCAACUGUGGAACUGAAAACUAAGACUGAAAUUGUCUUCCCAAAGGACUUCUCCUUCCACUGCAGUCCCAUCAUUCGAUUCAUCAAUUCAACCGAGAAGGUCUCCCUGAAUUUCACAAAUUUCCAGAUUCAAAUGGACGCCAAGAACUUCACUGAUAACACAUACGACUGCGUUGGCUUCACGUCGAUCCCCAUCUGGUCAGGAAUAUUCGUCACCUUCAUCCUGGCGAUGAUAAUGAUCUGGGGAAUAUCCAUGAUCCUAGACAUCCGUACCAUGGACAGAUUCGAUGACUCAAAAGGCAAGACCAUCACAGUCUCCGCCCAAGAGUGAGAGUUUAUUUAAUAAAUUUGUUCAUAAAGAAUAUAUAAUUUUCAUGUAAAUAUACACAUAAGUCUUGUAUAUUUCGAGACCUGUUGAUUGUUCUCUCAGUAUUUAUGGUAAAAAAGCAAUACUUAUUGUUAGUAAUCCCUUCAGUGUGAUUUUUAUUUUAAGAAUGAAUAUCGAAAGAGAGGAACGCACACUCAUUCCAUUUUUUUUUUUUUCGGAAUUUAGAAUACUUUUUUUCCAUUGAAUCCACGAGGGAUGUAAUAUGUUUGAUGAGUAAUUGUCCAGAAUAAUUGUCACGGUUGUAAACAGGUUCACAGUUAGUUGAAAAGACGUAUCUCUAGCUUUAAAUGUAUCGAUGAGAGAAUUACAAUAUCAUUAAUCGCAGUGGAUGUGCUCCAUCUGCGGGGUAACUGAAAAUUUUGUCACGAUUAUGAAAAUAUGUAAUUGAAAAUAAAAGUUACUGAAGUAAAAAGA